AUGUUCGUGGAAGAUUGUAAUUAUCCCAGCGGUCCUAUGGAAUAUUCUCUGGCAAUGUAUUCCAGCGCUAUCUGUAUCAUUGCUAAUGUGUCUUACACGCUGGAAAACUGGAUGGUAGAUGGCUUGUUGCUUUGGCAUUGCUCUAUCAUAUACAGUGAAAGGCGCUGGGUUAUUGUGUUACCUAUUAUCAUGUACAUAGCGUCAAUAGCUGUGAGUAUCAUCCUUCUCUACCAAAAUUCUCUCCCAAAUGGCAAUCUCUGGGGCAGACUGAGCUUCAAUUUUGGUCUUUUUUACUUUACCAUCUCUGCUAGCAUCAAUGUCAUUCUCACCAUUCUGAUUUUUGCACGUAUAUUUGUUUUCCGCUACCAUGCACGUAAAGCAUUGGAAAAGGCCCACACUGUGCCUUAUAUGUCAGUUGCUGCUCUCCUGAUCGAGAGUUGUGUGCUAUACGCCAUCUUCUCUAUACUUUUCAUUGUACUGUAUGGUGUGCAAAGUGAUCUCUCCAAUACCUUCCUGCCAAUACUUUCUCAAGUACAUGUUUGUGUUAUCUGUCUUGACAUUGCUCCACUCCUUACCAUUAGUUUGGGAGUUUGGGACUUGCGCUCACCAUGA